AUGAACCCAACAAAUUUGAAAGAUUCUGCCAAACAAUCAACAACAAUUAAUACUAAUGGAAAGUUUCUUUCUCAACAACAACAUAAUAAUGAGAGUAGAUAUGAAUGUAAUCAAAGAGAGUUACAAAAUAAUCAAGUAAUUUCGAAUAAUAGACUUGAUAAAAAAAGUGUACCCGCAGCUAUAAAUAAUAAAGAUCAUGUGCCGCGUAGUCGUAACAAAUGCUUAGUUUGUUGUAGCCCAAAAAUUUUAAUGAUAAUUUCUGCAAUUUAUUUGAUUAUAGGAUUUAUUCAUAUGUUUGUGCGAUUAGCCAACUAUAAAUUAUGUCGCGAUUACCAUGCUAAAUUAGAUUCCACAACUCCAAUUACCCUAUCUUAUGACCCAAGCACAAUCUCAACCUUGAAUGUUGAAGGCAUUAGUUAUUUUUAUGAUUAUUCUAAAGAUCAUGAACUCUUGAUAACGCAAGCAAAUGAUGCUCUAGCCACGAAUGCAACAAUUCAAAUUCAUGUUAUUUCAACACAAAGUUCUGAUGUUCAAUUUGAGACAAGCAUUACGCCUACUGCUUACAACAUAAAUUUCGUAAUAACAUUUAUAUCAUUUUGUUGCUUGAGUAUUCCACCCAGAUGUGUUGUGAUCAGAGUUGAAGUGAUUUUACCUCAAAAAUUAACGAAUUUAUCGCCAAUAAAUGUUAAUUCAAAUAUUUUUAAUGUUAAAUUCCUACAAAAUACAAUAAGCUCAAUUCCAUACCCCUACCCAAUAAAUUUUAAAACUACAAACAGCGACGUUGACAUUGAAAAUCUUUUAAUAACAAGCGCAUCGAUCCAAACCAGUAGUGGAGAUAUAAAAGGUUCAAUCACAUCGGUACGAAACGAAGUACAUAUCGAGUCAACAAGUGGCGACAUUGACGUUAGCGUUUAUGCCAACACCAAUGUGAUUGCUAACAUGGUAGGCGGAACGAGUCCAAGAAUUGGAUUGAAAAGCACCAAUGGAGACAUUGAUUUGCAAUUAAAUGUUUCAAAUGGCAUCGUUAAGCCUGUUAUUGAUGUCACUGCGACAAGUGGAGAUAUUGACGCAAAUAUUCUAUUGGCUAGUGGAAUUAAUGAUAGUCAAAUUACUAUCAAUUCCACAAGUGGGGAUGUUGAAUUAAAUUUGCAACAUUCAUUCGAAGGACAAUAUGAAAUUAAGACUACAUCAGGUAACAUCGAUCUCAACAUUGGAAAUGAUAAAGAUCAUAAUGGAUUAGGUAGAAUUGGAUCAUUAGAUUCACAAGGAUUUCUGAUUGUCCAGUCCACAAGCGGUGAUGUUGAAGUUAGAUUUUAA